GUGGCUUCAUUGUGAUUUGUACAUAAAAUGAGGGAUAUAUUGGUUAAUUCGACAACAUAUAUAUAUACCUCGUUCUUCAUCUUCUUCGUCAUAAACCCUAAGUCGGCCGCUGCAGACCGUACUGUCUAGUUCCUCCAGGUUUGAUUGAUUAGAGUUGGGGGGAAUUUCUUUGGCAACCGAUGGCGCCUCCUUCUAAAGCUCCUGCUACAAAGAAGGCUGAUCCUAAGGCACGGGCCUUGAAGGCUGCCAAGGCCGUGAAAUCAGGUGCAUCUUCCCUGAAGAAGACGACUAAGAAGAUCCGAACAUCGGUUACAUUUCAUCGGCCAAAGACAUUGAAGAAGGAAAGGAACCCGAAGUACCCCCGCAUUAGUGCACCACCAAGGAAUAAACUUGACCAUUAUCAGAUACUAAAGUAUCCUCUUACCACGGAGUCUGCUAUGAAGAAGAUUGAGGACAACAAUACUCUGGUUUUCAUUGUUGACAUCCGUGCCGACAAGAAGAAGAUAAAAGAUGCAGUCAAGAAGAUGUAUGAUAUUCAGACCAAGAAAGUGAAUACCUUGAUCAGGCCUGACGGGACAAAGAAGGCGUAUGUGAGGUUAACUCCAGACUUCGAUGCCUUGGAUGUGGCAAACAAAAUUGGGAUAAUUUAAGCCCCCUAGGCUUGCAUGUGUCUUCUAUAAAAAAUCUGUAUUUCUGACCCUAGUUAGUAGUUUCUAUCCAGGUUAGGGCAGUUUUCUUAGGAACUAUGAGCAUAGAGACAGGCAUGCGUGUCCGUGUUUCCAUUUUGGUUGUUCUAAGUAGGAUAUGGUGGUGGUUGUUUAAUUUGAUAAAUUACAUUUUGGAGUUGAUUUGGGUGCAUGGUUGAAUCUCAA